GUCAUCCACGGUGAUCAGGAAACAUCACGGUCCAAUCGAAUGGUCGAGAACAAACAUCGUUACAAACAACGUAACACACGAGAUCUACCAGAUUCAUCUUAACCCUUCUUCAGUCUUCGGAAGCCAAGUAGCCAACUCCCUCUUCUCUUCCUCUCUUUUUCAGUUCUUUCAGAGUCCAGACAAGGUCUCCCUCUCUAUACUUUCUUUCUCUCUCUCUAAGAACACUGCCGGAAUAUUCAAGAGGCGAGGGGAGAGUGAGGGGUGAGUAGAGAGAGAGAGAGACGGAGAAAGAAUCGGAGAUGAUGCAAUCAACGAACGGUGGAGAUUUGAGUCAACAGCAGGGUCAAAACCAACAGCAUCAACAACAUCAGGUUCAACAGCAGCAGCAACAGCAACAUCAAGAGUGGGUGGCGAUGCAGCAGUAUCAGCAACAAUGGAUGGCCAUGCAGUAUUCACCGGCGGCGGCGGCUGCAAUGGCGAUGCAGCAGCAGAUGAUGUAUGCUCAACAACACUACUUGCCCUACCAUUAUCAGCAGCAACAACAACAGCAAUUUCAGCAUCAACAAGUACAUCAAAAUCAGCAACAACAACAAAAACAGGCUCAGAUUCAGAGUUCCAGUGAGGAGAACAAGACGAUCUGGAUUGGUGACUUGCAACAAUGGAUGGACGAAGAUUAUCUCCAGUCCUGCUUCGCUCACACUGGCGAGGUCAUUACUAUAAAGGUUAUUCGCAAUAAGCUGACUGGUCAGUCGGAACGAUAUGGAUUUGUUGAGUUCAUAUCUCAUGAAGCAGCUGAGAAAGUCCUACAAAACUACAAUGCCACCAGAAUGCCCAAUUCAGAGCAAGCAUUCCGCCUGAACUGGGCAGGCUUUAGCACAGGCGAUAAGCGCUUGGAUGCUGGUUCUUCUGAUCUGUCAGUAUUUGUGGGAGACUUAGCUUCAGAUGUUACUGACACAAUAUUACAUGAAACUUUUGCCAGUAAAUACCCAUCUGUUAAAGGUGCAAAAGUCGUCGUCGAUUCAAAUACUGGUCGUUCUAAAGGUUAUGGCUUUGUUAGGUUUGGUGAUGAAAAUGAGAGGUCAAGGGCCAUGACUGAAAUGAAUGGCAUGUAUUGUUCUAGCAGGCCCAUGCGUGUUGGAGUUGCGACCCCCAAGAAGCAAUCCACACAGCAACAGUAUCCUUCACAAGCUCUGAUAUUGGCUGGUGGAUAUGCCCCAAGUGGUGCUACGUCAGAAAGCUCUCAGUCCAAUGGUGAUUCAUCUAACACAACAAUAUUUGUGGGAGGGCUUAGCUCUGAGAUCACGGAUGAAGAACUCAGGCAGUCCUUUGUACCGUAUGGGGAGAUCAUCUCUGUGAAGAUACCAACUGGAAAAGGAUGUGGUUUUGUACAAUUUGUUAACAGAAGCAGUGCUGAGGAUGCGAUACAGAGUUUGAAUGGGGCAGUUAUUGGGAAGCAGACAGUUCGUCUAUCUUGGGGCCGAAAUCCAGGCAACAAGCAGUUCCGAGCAGAUUCCAAUAAUCAAUGGAGCGGGGGCUAUCAGAGAAGGCAAGCUCAGAAUGGCUAUGGAUAUGCCAUGCCACAGAAUCAGGAUACAGGCGUUUAUUCUGCAGCUGCAGCCUAUGGGCCAUCUUCGAACGGAUAUGGCAAUCACCAGCAGCCAGUAAGCUGAAAUUGCUGAGCUAAAUAUUGAAUCAAAAGUAGGAAGGUUUAUUUGCUCUGGUUAAAUGUGUUAUGGUGAAUUUUGUAAGCUGGAUUUGAUAUUUUGGAGACUCUUAAGAUUUCUUUGAACUUAAUUUGGAAUAUCGGAGGAGCCGAGGGGAUUUUUAUAUCUAGUGGUGAGCUUUGUUGACGUUAGAUUCUGAUUGGGGAGCAUGCUGAAUUUGUGUGUCUAAUCACAUUUGCAUUGUUUUAAAGUUUUCAUUAGUAUCUCAUCACAAGCUUGAAAUAAGCGGAAUAACCUCAUUACAAAAUGAGGUUAUUUCGAAUCAAAUUGAACUAUUUUUUCUGUCGUAACUUGACCUUAUUAACU